UCAUUUAUCUUAUCAACUCCAAGCUCAUAACAAUGGCUUCCUUCACAAACAACUCUCUAAAAACAACAAUAUCCAUCAUCACCCUCCUUUCCCUUCUCAAUUUCCGCCAUGCCGCCGCCGUAAAAGGAGGCUAUUGGUUCCCAGGCACAUCCAUAACCUCAUCAAACAUAGACUCCACCCUUUUUACUCACCUCUUCUGCGCAUUUGCAGACCUCAACACCCAAACAAAUCAAAUCACACUCCCUUCAGAAUGCGCCUCAUUUCCCAAAACAGUCAAACAAAAAAACCCAUCAGUCAAAACCCUUCUCUCCAUUGGAGGAGGAAGUGCAAAAUCAUCAGAUUUCAACACCAUGGCUAGUCAACCUUCUUCAAGAAAAACCUUCAUUGAUUCCACCAUAACCCAAGCUUUAGCAAAUGGGUAUGACGGAUUAGACCUAGAUUGGGAACAACAAUCCGAAAUCGAUGAAAUGAACAAUCUGGGUACUCUUCUAAAUGAAUGGAGAUCCGCCAUUAAAGCAAGAUCCCCAUCUCUGUUAUUAACCGCAGCCCUCCAUUACAGCCCAGAUGCAAACUCAGUAGCCAAAUUCCCAGCCCAAUCAAUAACCCUAAAUCUAGAUUUUGUUAAUGUAAUGGCGUAUGAUUUCUACGCACCAGCGUGGUCCCCACAACCGAUUGUAACCCGGCCCCACGCAAAUCUCCGUGACCCCACCAACAGUCAAGUAAGUGGAAGUAAUGGGAUUAGUAAAUGGAUUAGUGCAGGGGUUCCUGCUAAUAAGCUUGUUUUGGGUUUUCCAUAUUAUGGGUAUGCUUGGAAAUUGAGUAAUGCUAAUAAUAAUGGUAUAUUGGCACCUUCUACUGGUGGGGAUACUUCUAUUGGGGGUGGAACACCUAGUUAUCAGCAGAUUAGAAGUUUUAUUAGUCAAAAGGGUGCUAUUGUUAAGUAUGAUGCUAAUUAUGUUACCAAUUAUUGUUAUUUUGGGACUACUUGGAUUGCUUAUGAUGAUUUACAGACUAUCUCUGCUAAGGUUAUGUAUGCUAAAAAUAGUGGUUUACUUGGGUAUUUUACUUGGAAUGUUGUUCAAGAUAAUAAUUGGGCUCUUUCUAAACAAGCUUCACAGACAUGGGGAGCAUAAAUGACCUACAAUCAAGAAAUAAAGGCAUCAAUCAUCAUAUGAUCAAAUCAAGAAUGUUUUAGGAAUAAGUGGAUUAUAAAAUGAUAGAGUAUACAAUAAAGUUUAAUCUUAACUUAAUAUACAUGCAGUGUUUGUAGUAAAUACAGUUAUUGUAGAUGAAUACUGGCUCUUUUUUCGCUGGCGGGCGCCAUGUACGACUACUGUUGAGUUGACUAAUACUUCUAUAAACUUACGAGUCGUAAUGGUUGACGUCAUAAUAAUAGCCGAUUCAUAUUCAUUUUAGUCAUAAUUCUAUAAAUCUAUCUGUUAUAAUCUAAAUAUAUUUCUACCGUUUUAAUUUA